AUGGAUCGAUACACGGGCCCUGUCGAGGCAGGCCCCGAGGUUGAAGAAUUCGCCAACGCGCUCGACGAAUGCCUUUCACCGUUCCUCGCGCCGGCGGAAAAGAAGGAACGAUUGUUAGACCUCCCACGCAGAUACUACGAAAAUGCCCUUCGACGGCUAGCGACGAAAAAACCGAAACGCGUCGGCGGUAGCCACGAUGACAUUGAUAUGGAUAUUGACGACGCUGACGAGACUGGCUCUGCCCUCAGCGCCGACGAGACAAAGCGUAUAGAAGGGGAAAUUCAGACGUGGGAUCUCGUUCGACGCCUUUUGCCUCUGCGUCAUGCCGCAUUGAGAGCGAAUCCCUUCGAUGAAGGACAACACAGCCGCGGCUCGGGCGACCUGCUGCGUGAUUUUUUGCGACGCAACCCUGUCGCGCAAGAGCGCCACGCUGUUCUCCAAUGGCUGCAGACGAAUGCCGCCGCCGGCCCGGACAUUGAUACUAUGGUAGAGGACCUGCAAAAGAAUGCCGAUCGCGGAGACGUCAUCGCUCAUGGCUGGCUACACACACGAUCCAAGAUCAAGCUGCGCAAGAGCAUGACGGGCUGGUCCAAACUCCUUGAAUGUCAGACACCUAGCAUCGCCGAAUCACAUCUCAACUCAGAUGGUGCACCUCUCGUGACGAACCUGGAUCCCGACGCCGUGACCCGCCAAGACCGAAAGCUGGAACCUCAAGACGAGUACUUCGAGCGAGCAAUUUGGCUAGGCUGCUUUGAGCACCUCCGCCGAGGAAGCAACUUGGAAGAGAUACGAGACUGGUGUCAGGAGAGGACGGAAAUGUGGCGAGCUGUCUCCAUGUCCGCCGUCCUCUUUUCGUCGGAUGAGAACCAGGAGAAGAUUGAUGCGGCUCCAGAAUCUCUCGCACUGUGGCGCCGCAUGUGUUAUGCUCUCGCUCGCAAUCGUGUGUCCGAUCAGCACGAGCGCGCUGUCUACGGUAUUCUCUCUGGCGAUGUAAGCAGUGUCGAAAGCGUAGCAAAGAAAUGGGAUGAUUAUCUCUUCGCGCACUACAAUGCUCUGCUACGAACACAGCUAGACUCUUUCAUCCUCGGCAAAUGUCCUGCGGAUGUGGCUUCGAAUUUGACCCAAUCAUUCCCGGUAUUUGAUUCUGUGCAGUUUCAUGGUAAUGAAUCUGUCGAGAAGAGACUGAUGCGGUCACUGGAAGCGAAGCCCACAAUCAAGGACGAAGCCCAGGAACCCACCAAAGCUCUCCAAGCGUCUCUCAUUGCUAAUGACACGGGCCACCACUUGUUCCAGCAAGGCCUGCUGAUUGAACUUGGUAACCCUACUAAGAGCUUUACAGCAGCGAUGGUCGGCGACGAGCUUGCCAAGCACAAAUACUUCUCUCUGGAUCAGCACGAUGGUCUGAGACUCGUCACGCACAUCUACAUUCUUUACUUGCUCAUGGAGCAACAAGAUGCCGAUGACAACCUGCCGACGGAAAAGCAGCCACCAAACUGGCGCUUCACGCAAGAGUGCAUCGUUGGUGCGUACGCUGAGUACUUACGGCACGCCAGCCUACAAGAGCUUAUCCCUCUAUACUGCUCUAUCGUGGAAGCCCCACGAUGUUACAAGAUCCUGUCCCAAAAUCUCAUCCACGAAAAGGAGCACGACCAGCGUCUAAUCCAGCUCAAGCUGGUCAAAAAAGCUGGCAUCGACGUUCUCCAAUUUGUCCAGGAGCAAGCCAAUCUCAUGUAUCACGAGCUCACAAUCGACCUCGAGCUGGCGCACCGACCGCCACCCGAGAUCCAUUUCAGGAUUGUCGACGCCGGGCGCUCAACAUCACGCCAAGGACGCGCGAUCAAGCCUGACUUCUUUGGUGAGGAAGAGGAUGCAAUCGAAACCAAGGAUGAGCACCUCAUCCGCUCUAUAGAGUGGUUGGCCCUCGUUCACGAGAAGUGGCCCAUGGUCCUAUCCAUGGGUAUUAAGGCGUACAAAUACUUUCUUACGCACAUGCACCUCAAUGCGGCGAGACAGCUAAUGAGGCGCGUCGCCUUUAGUGACAUACUUCGUGGGCUAAUGGAGCAGGACGAAGCGGAGACGCCGCAAAUUGAAGAUGUGCGAUUUUGGGAGGACCAGCUGGAGAGAAGCAACAUUCUCGAUGGAAAGCCUGAGCAGGUCAUCUCUGACGCUCGCAAUUUCCGCGAUCUUGAGGCGAUAGUUGCAGCGCUUGACAGCCUGGAGACGAUCGCAUCGCUGGUGAUUCUUUCGGCAGAAAUGCCUGCUACAAACCGGAAAUUCUGGGCUAGUGUUGGCGAUGGCAUUAAGGCUGCCAAAGAUAACAUGCAACCCCUUCUAAAAGGCUGGCUCGUUGCUAGCAUAGCUGGUAAGCAUUGA